AUGCCUGACAAGACAAUAGCUGCACGCCUGAAGCUCCAGGAUAUGGUUAGGUUAGCCUUAGCGUAUUUCGUUGUCCCCGUUCGGCGGUUGAACCCGUUAUACCCGGCAUUGCCGUUUCUCCACUUUCAUCGGACGUUUAAGAUGUUCUUUAAAAUUAAGAGCGAUGUAAUUCCAAGUUUCUACAAACAUUUCUCCCUGAAUCAGUGUGCAGCAAGCAUGAUUCGAGUAGCUGCAUGUCAUGUAUCCCCAAUCUUCCUCUCCGCAAGAGAAACGACGGCAAAAGCCAUCACUUUGAUCAAACAAGCUGCAAGGAACAAAGCAAACCUAGUCGUCUUUCCCGAGACAUACAUCUCAGCGUUUCCAAUCUGGAGUUCAAUCCGCCCGCCAACCGACAAUCAUUAUCUUUUUGAGCGGAUGGCAAAAGAAUCUAUCUUUGCCGACAGUGAAGAGAUACGCGCCAUCCGGAACACCGCAAAGCAAGCCAAUAUCAUGGUUAGCAUGGGCUUCUCUGAGAAGACUCGUUUCAGCAGUGCUACUUUGUAUAACUCGAACCUAUUUAUCGGAGAUUCUGGUGAUGUUUUGAUACACCAUCGAAAGUUGAUGCCUACAUUCUUCGAAAAGCUCACUUGGGCACCGGGAGAUGGCCACGGUCUACGCGUGGCAGAUAAUGCGUACGGAAAGAUCGGCAACUUGAUAUGUGGAGAGAACACGAACCCUUUAGCAAGAUAUGCACUCAUGGCCCAGGGCGAGAAUAUCCAUUUAUCUACUUGGCCACCAAUCUGGCCAACCCGAGUUCCACCAAUGGAACAGUCUACAGAUGAGCCCAAGUCAACGCCAGAUAAGCCCAACUACGAUAAUGUGACGGCCAACAGAACGAGAGCAGCUGCCCAUUGUUUCGAAGCCAAAUGUUUUGGAGUCCUCUGUUCUGGUGUUUUGGGCGAUGAUGCUAUAGAUAUCGUGUCGGAAGGGUCUUCUUAUCUAACCCAGGUGCUGAAACAGUCACAGCGCGGCGCGACUCAGUUCCUAGACACAACCGGCGCACCUAUGAAGGGUUUCACUAUUGAUAGUGAAACCGGAGAAGAGGUUACUACCGAAUGUUUACAACAAGAGGAAGACAUUCUGUAUGCGGAUCUGGACGUUGACCAGUGUAUCGAAGGAAAACAGUACCAUGACGUUGUUGGCGGAUAUCAGCGUUUGGAUGUGUUUGAUCUCAAAGUUGAUCGAACUCGACGAGAGCCGAUAACCUUUACAGAAGAUAAUAGCCAGGCUUCAUCAUAG